GCAAAGCCGACAACGAGAACCCCACGACGACGACAACAGAUUACCAUACCAACCCCAAUCACCGAUAUGAGAUGGGGGAGUCACAGCUCGAUACAGAGCGCCAUAUCAAAUACUGGCGUAGAUGUCUAAAGUCUCUGCUACCUACAGAUUACACCUCCACCGACUCAUCGCGCAUGACCCUAGGCUUCUUCAUCCUCUCUGCUCUGGAUCUCCUAGGCGCGGGCGUUGAAACACUGCCCGAUAAGGAACGUGCGAACAUACGGGACUGGAUCCUAAAAUGCCAGCAUCCAAAUGGUGGGUUUUGCGGGUCUCCGAAUCACCGGUAUCCAGAUGGGUAUUAUGUUGACGUGGGGCAUGGCAAGCAGCUCAUGGACCCGGCGAAUCUGCCCGCGACCUUCUUUGCUAUACUUAGUUUGGGUUUUGUUGGCAGGCUGGACCAGAUUAGACGGCGCGAUUGCUUGAGGUGGUUAAAGACAUUGCAGAGAGAUGAUGGCAGCUUCGGGGAGUUCAUCACUGAAGAAGGAAUUAUUGAGGGCGGUAAUGAUACGCGGUAUUGCUAUCUUGCUGCAGCAGUUCGGUGGGCGUUGACAGGAGAUCAAGUGAGUGAGGAAGAAGAGAAAGAUGAUAUUGAUGUGGAAAAGAUGGUGGAUCAUUUGCGGCGCGGGCAGACAUACGACGGUGGAAUCUCAGAAUCUUCAGAGCAUGAGGCGCAUGCUGGAUAUACAUAUUGUGCCAUUGCAGCCCUAUCACUCCUUAAUCGACUCCCAGAUCCUUCGACUAUCUCCUCAUCGACGCCUGGCACAGCAUCGACUGCCAAAUUACCGGGUCUCGCAGAUUUAUCUGGCAUGGUUCGGUGGCUAGUCUCGAGACAGAUAAAAUACACAAUGGAAGAAGAUGAAGAGGAGGAUGAGACCUCAUCAGCAGAACCCCUCUCAUUAGCCGAACUAUCACUCAAUGAGAGUGAGUUUGUCGGUUUCAACGGCCGUUGUAAUAAGAAGGCUGAUACAUGCUACUCAUUCUGGGUUACGGCUUGUCUUGAUAUGAUCGGUAGUGGAAAUCUCAUAGAACCCGGCCCAAUACGCCGAUUUUUAUUUGAGCAAACCCAGCACCGAAUUGGGGGUUUUGGAAAGAGCCCUGGGAGCCCACCAGAUAUAUAUCAUUCCUACCUCGGUCUUGCCGCUCUCGCAACAAUGAAGGAGCCGGGGCUAAAAAGCUUCGACCCUGCUUUGUGCAUCAGUAUACAGCAAAAAGAGAAACUCGAUAAGAUGAGGAGAGACGCACUAGUACCUACGAGGACAUACUGGAAACAUGGCUACAGUUUUUCCAUAAGAGAAGAUGACCCCGCGUACGAGAAGACCAUGGCGGCCAGUGAGGAGCCGCCUAGAUUCAUAGUAGAUGCAUUAAAAAUUGUGAGAUAGCAAGGGGCACGGAAACAUAUUGCAGUAAAAGAUAUCCACCAUCUGCCCAGAGGGCGGGAGGACAAUUGUAAAAUUAGUUACCCAUUCUAAAG